AAUAUUUCAAAUAUUGGUUGGAUUUCAAGUUUCUGUGAAAAUGACCUGAAAACCACACGCAGACCCACAGUGGACAGAGAAACAGUAGAUAUGGAUUCCAUUUUCAAGCUCAUCCAGAUACUAGUAUGGGCUCUCUCUAUUUUCUUAUACACUCACUUACACUUAACUUCUUCAGCUAACUCAUAGGUGUAACUUUGAUAGUCUUCAGAGAAAGAGAGAGUGAUGGAGCUAAAUGAGAAUGGGUUCUUGGAAGAGUUACUAGAGCUAAGAAGGGAGACAUUGCAAACAUUUCCUACUGGAAUAAAUGAUACUCAUCAGUUUACACAUGAUGGGUCUGCUAGUUUCAGUUAUUUUAGCGAGUACCCAAGUUCAGCAAUUUCUUCUAUCAAAGGAUUUCCAAUACCAACUGAAGAACCUGGUUUUAGUUAUGGAUUCAAUGAAGGUUACUACCCGUUUGAAGAGGAAUUAUCAACACAGUCGACGGUUGUUGAUACAUCGUAUUUGAAACACGGGACAUUACCAUUUCCAAGUACACAAGAUAAUGGACUAGUAAUGGGCAAUGUGGAAUCUCAACUGUUUGCAGAUGAUCUCCGGAAUAUACUGGGUGAGAAACAAAGCAAAGUGGAAGUAUUCCCACCAACUGAAAUUCCAAUCAAGCUCAAUAAGAAUUUAUGUAAAGAGAGAAAGAGCCGUGUGAAGAAGAUUGAGGGACAACCGUCUAAGAAUCUAAUGGCAGAAAGACGAAGAAGAAAGCGGUUAAAUGACCGUCUUUCGAUGCUUCGGUCGGUAGUUCCUAAGAUAAGCAAGAUGGACAGGACAUCUAUUGUUGGAGACACAAUUGAGUAUAUGAAAGAGCUCCUGGAGAAAAUCAAGAAUCUACAAAACGAGACUGAAGUGGGUUCAGAUCAGUUGAGCCGAAUGGGGAUAUUCAAGGACCUAAAACAAAAUGAAAUUAUAAACUCGCCAAAGUUCCAUGUAGAACGAAGAAGAAACGAUACCAGGGUCGAGGUCUGCUGUGCAGGCAAGCCAGGAUUGCUGCUUUCGACAGUAACAGCCAUCGAAACACUAGGACUUGAGAUUCAACAGUGUGUUACAAGUAGUUUCAAUGAAUUUUCAAUGCAAGCUUCUUGUUCAGAGGUACUUGAGCACAGGCUGUUGAUAAGCACUGGCGAGAUAAAGCAAAUUUUGAUCAGAAAUGCAGGCUAUGGAGGAAAAUGUUGUUAGGAGAGUGUACUGGCAAGUACGCCUGUAUUGAGGUUAUGAUAAUCUUUUAUUGGAAUAAGCAGCGUUAGGCUAGAUAAUAGUCAGCAACAAACCUUCGUUUUAUUUGUCCAAAGAAGUUUCAAUAAGUCGAUUUCUUCAUACCUGCGCUAUUAACAUUUUGGAGAGACAUGUAUGGUGCCAUCUUUUCCACUUUUAGUACCUGUAACUGAAAACACCUCUUCAAUUACGAUUGCAUUUAAAAAAAUAUAUAAUU